AUAACUUGGUUAUCCUCAAUGCAGUAGUUCGUAUGAGUAAAUACGCCAUUUACCUCUCUUUUGUGAGAUGACAGAUUAAAUAUCAACUUUGUAUAAAACAUUUGAAAAUAACUAUUACGAAUAAUUACCAUUUGUACAUACCACAAACAGAAGUAUUACAAGCUGUUGAAAACACCUUCUUGGAGGUGACAGUAUUCGACAAGAUGGCGGGAAGUUGGAGCUUGAAUUCAGUUCGUCAAAAUGUUUCGUUUCAAAAUGUUCGGUUUCUCCUCGAAUAAAUCCACCGAACCAACUAACGGGAAAUCGUGGAUUUUGGACUUUGUUCUUGGGAAAACUUUAAACCCCAAAGGACAAACUGUCAAAGUAUGCAGGCACAUCAAUGGACCCCAGGAUGAUGGAAGCGUGGUGAAGCAAGUGUCCGACUGUUCUGUCUUCAUCAAUGCUGUUUUUACACAAAACGCCAUUGACAACUAUAACUUUGAUGAUGAGUCUUGCACACCUCCAGAAUGGGAUCAAGCCAUUUUGAUUGUCAAGGAUUAUCAUCUCAAGUUUGUGUCAGCUCCAAAUGUUACCGACUGUGAAUUUCUGCUCGUCAUCGGCAAGUUUUCGCUGCUAGAUGUUCAUGAUGGGUUUUACAGCAAGAACACAGCUAGAGAUUGCAUGGUGGAUCCACAAGUGCAGGUGGCAGUCAAAGAAAAGUGGACCCAAUGGAUGGCUGAAACUAAAAGCUUGGAGUCCUACAACGAUGAAUCACAGUACACAGGCACCUGUCACCUGAGUCAGUUGCUGGAGGAGAUCGGACAGCCAGACACACAGAACCACUCUCAGACAGAGGCGAGCUUCCACCUCAGCAGCUCUGAUGACAGGACAAGUAGGCCAGAAGCUGGACCAAGCAAACCGUUGCCUGCAAGAGGUCAACCCAGUGAGGCUAUGGCGUCAGCCUUGGCAAAGAUGAAACAGCCAACUCGGGUUGAAGACUUGAUUGUCUCCCCUGAAGAGCUGGCGAUCCUAGAGGCACUUGAAGAAUGGAAAGAAGACUACCAUCCCCCACCUUCCCAGGAUACAAGUAGUUCCAGCUCCUCCAGACCAAGCUUCUCACAACCCACUCUGGCGGAGUCUCCAAGGAAGAGGGACCACACUGGUGCAUGUAAAAAUUCUGGCAAAACACAAGACAAGAAUAAACUCCCCCAGCCAGGAACGUCAAAGCUUACCACUAAACCAGUUCAUAAAACUAGUCAGAGUACAUCGAGACAAGAUGUUUCAUCAGAUGAAAAUAGGCUCACAGACAGUCAGAUUAAGGCCAGAGAAGCUUCUUUCAGUCAAAGUGACAAAGGAAAUGUUGAUGCAGAGUGUCACCAAUAUAGCAACAAAAGAGCAGACGGUCAAGAAACUUCCACAUCCAAAGAAGAUAUAAUCCUUUCACCAAAUAGUUCAACAAAUGCAAGACCUGGAUGCUUCUCUGUCAAGGGGAUAAGUAUGUACAACGAAAGUCAACAAGAUAAGACACCUGAAGGUCAAGGAAAGUCAAGGACAAAAGAUCCACCCGUCAAGCAAGUGAUGCAGGAGACUAACACUGUGUAUCGAUCACCGCAAACAUUUACAGAUGAAUACCUUAAGUUUUUGGAUUCAUCUAACAAAUCCAAGAUGGCUGAUAGAAGCAAUUCAUCUAACAAAUCCAAGAUGGCUGAUAGAAGCAAUUCAUCUAACAAAUCCAAGAUGGCUGAUAGAAGCGAUUCAUCUGACAAAUCCAAGAUGGUUGAUAGAAGCGAUUCAUCUAACAAAUACAAGAUGGCUGAUAGAAGCGAUUCAUCUAACAAAUACAAGAUGGCUGAUAGAAGCGAUUCAUCUGACAAAUCCAAGAUGGCUGAUGAAAAUGAUAUCUGUGUCAUUGAUGUUGUCACCUUAUGCAGUCUGCCAACAGCCUGGCACAAGCCCUGUGCAGACUCACUGGAGUUUUCUUGUUCCCUCCCAGAAGAUUCUCAGAACUCUCAAGACUCACAGAUUUUGAUGAGCUCACAAGGCUGUCAAAUCUCGGACAUGUCACAAACUUCUGAGACAGGUGCACAAGCUGACACAGAACUUGAAGCAGUAGACAAUAACGUGUCACUCAUCUCUGAUCAUACAGCAAACAAGCCGGAGUCAAACAGGUCUGGGAAAUUGUCUGCUUCAUCGAGGAUGGAUUUGAUAUCAGAAGAUUGUCAGUCUGAGAUACAGGCCAGACAGACAGAAUUUGUUGUCCGAGGAAGAAGUAGACAGCCUGGUACAAGACGAGUCUCCUUUGCCCCGUCUGCUGUGAUGAAAUGUACCUCAGUAGAUCUUGACAAGAUUGGUUCCACGCAACCCUUUGAUGUGGUGAAUGACUCCACAUAUUCCAUGUAUGAAGAUGCCAAAUCUCACCUGUCCAACCCAGACUUUCCACGUCAAUCAUCAAGUCAUCUUGAAUUCCCCGAAUCCCAGCCAUUUGUGCCUUCCAGUCAGGACUUGUUGAGCUCGGAUUCUGUGGAGGAAACGAGAAAAAGCAGCAGCAGUGAUCAAAGUUCAAGAAAGGACUGUACUGACGAUUGUGAUUCGGUUGAACAUCUGACUGAAGCUCACUCAACGGGAUACAGUGACUCAGUUAUAAAUGAUACUUCCUUCCAUCACUCCACUCAGACGUCUGGCGCUACGAGAAAGUCAUCACCAGACUUUCUCAUUUCGCCAAUUAGAAGAGUCACAAGAAAUGGUAGAGCUGACAAAGCUGACGAUGGUGAUGAAUCAGGUAAUGACAGUGUGUAUGGCAGUGCGCUAUAUCUGCCUGAAAGUCAGCACUCUUCAGCUGCUGUUGAGUGUGUGGUCAAAGAAGUAGACAGUCAGAAACGUUCAGCUGUUGACAAAGCUGAAUCCCAGCGUUCAGCUGUAAGGCAACAAUCGGUGGACAAAGGUGCAUCACGACAUUCAACUGUAAAUGGAAAACCAGAAGACAAAGCUGCAUCCCUACCUAAGUCACCUGCUCUUGAUCAUCCCAGUUUUGAUGAAUCUGAUUCUUUGGAACGUAUUCCUCUGUCACAUGGACUGUGUAAAGAUGGUGUUGUGGAAACAGUGCAGAACUUGAGUACCCCUGAGACUGAUGCAGAAACCUCCACCACAAUGGUUCUCACAAGAUCAAAACGCAAAAAGAACUUCCUUGAUUCUGGUCAGAAAAAGUCAGCUCAUGAGACCUCCUUGGAUAAAAACAGAAGAAAUCCUGUCACAAAUUCAAAGGGAAACAUGACCGAUAAAACAGUUCAAGUACCUACACUUGACAAGCAGAAUCAAUCUGCGAAGGAAACGGACAAAGAUCAAUCAGACAUAAAAUCUGACUCUGAAAUUAUUAUUGAGGAAUACUCUACUGAUUCAGAUAUGAGCAAGCAAAAUGCACAAGACCAAAGCCAAAAAGAUUCAUUGAAAAGUGGUGGAGAUAAGAGUGCACCAGGUGGUGAAACUGUCGGAGCAGACGUCAGCAUCAACAUGGAUGUGGACAGUGGCCAGAAAGCUGGACCUUCAUGCACAGAAGGUAAUGAUUCUGAGGACAAUAGUGUCAUCCUUGUGUCAGAUGAGGAUGAGGAACAUUCAGAGGAGAUAGAAGAGGCAGCAGAGCCAAGAUCUGGCAAAGAACUGACUGCCUCAAAGAGUGGGAAGAGGGGUUCACAGAAACCCUCCAACAAGCAUCCAGGCAGUCCAGGAUGCCAUAAGAUAAUGGAAAAAUAUAUCACUACAAGAAGAACCCGGUCUUCAAAACAAGAUGAUGAUGCAGACAGUUUGGCACCGCUGAAGCUGAGGAGCUCCAGACUUGUUAGUCCAGGUCCCGAGGGAGAUGCAUCAAGUCAGGCCAAGAUAUCGCCAAAAUGUACCCUAAACAAUUUGGACAAGGGAACAGCGACACAUGGACCCAAGAAGUCUGUUACUGAUGCUGGCAAGAAGGGUAAGAAGAGGAGUAAAUGUCAGCUUCAUGAAAUUCCUGAGACUCAAGGAGAAGAAAAACAAGGACCAGACCAUAGUCAGGUGCAGAACAAAGUAAUUGAGGAGGAGGAUGCAGAGAAGAAUCCAAGCAAGAGGAAGAAAAGGAGGGAAGUUGAAAUAAUGUUUGAAAAAGCAGUUGAGAAGUAUGGUUUGAUUGGAAAUGUGUCCAAAGGAUGGCAAGCUGAAAGAUGUUAUGGCAAACCCCAGGAAAGUCUCAGCAGAGCUAACAAAAAGGAUGAAGAAACGUGGUCUCAGGUGUUGUGUGAGGCUGAGGAUGGAACUAGAGGUGCAGCACAGGAGGAACUUAGGGGUGGUGCUCACAAGAUUCAUCAGUCACAAGUAAGAGAGUCUCUUCCUGAGGGACACAAAGACAUGCAUGCUGAUGGUGGAACUGGAGGUGAGAAAAAGGGUGUAUCUGGAGAGGGUCUUCCCAAGCUGCAUCAGUCACAAGUGAGAAAGACUCAUCCUGAUAAGGGGAAAAAACACAUGCAUGCUGUGUGUGAAACAAGUCAGGAUCAUGUUGAGGAGUGUGAUUUUCUUGAGAUAGCUGACCAGCUCGACAUUGAAAAUAUUCCAGUACAUUCACAGGACACAAGGGAUUCUAAGCUGAGGAAGAGAGCACCUGCUGAACAUGGAAGGAGGCAGAUGAAAGGUAUUAUGCCAGCACCAUACUGUAGAGGUCCGGCAGACCCACGGCUGUCAGGUGUCAGCACCUGGGACGUGGGGAGGGCAGCAUGCAGGAGGGUGUCCAGCAUCAGGCGGGAGUCUGGCAUCGGCGAAAGCGAGGACGUUCCGAAAACACAGGUGUUGUUGGACUUCCUGGGGAUACAGCCUCAUCCAGGACAUCAGCCGUUGCUGGACCUCCGGGUCACCCCAGAUAUGCUCCACAAGAUCUGCAGCAUCUACAGGAAACCUAUCUCGUAUCCCCACAGAAGAUUACCAGCCCAGAGUUAGUCGAUGUUUACAAUGGUGGAAGCAGAGAUACCAACCACUCUGAUUUUGGAGGAGUUACUCCCAUUUUCAAAUACAAAAUCCACACUCCGAUUUGUCUAUAAAAACUCCGAUUUUUUAGAAAAUACAAAUAUGUUUAUAAAUUUAGAAUGUUUGAAAGAAUUUUUGUAAUUAUGUUCGUUUGAGUUAAGAAUUAUCGUAUUUCCAGGCUAAAUCUAAAGAUUUCCAUAGGGGAGGCCCCCCAGACACCCACCGUCAAAAGGGGCCCGUGCCCACUCUCACGCUCACCAACUCACACCUUCAGGGCUCAGGGAAUUGCAUUUAGCAAGGCAUGACUCCGCUUUCAUUUGAUUCAGGGUUUGGAAGGUGCAUCUCUGUGGAAGGUGAACUUACAGGUUGGGCAGGUUGAUGAAAAUAUGGAUAAUAAUAAGUAUUAGGAGAAGGCAACUCUGUAUAUAUCAUCAUUAUCAUGGCAUUAUGUCAUUGUGUAAGAUUCAUUCAUGCUCCUUUCUGACCGAUACUGUGAAAUACUGGUACUGAAAAUGCUAUUCUUUGA